UGUGGGCGGAGGUGAGCUAUAUCUCAUUUUAGGUUCUUGUUUGUUCUCAAAAGGUAACAUGUUGAGCAACGAUUCAAGCAUGUCUUUCCUCUUUAAGAUCCUGAAAAUACGUACCAAGACUCACAAUCAUCCAGGGCUACGGCAUGGCCACGCUUCCUUCCACACCAGUCACGCCCUCAACACUAUUCUACGGCGCCAGCACCACCAAAGCCUUCGUAGCAGCCGGCAUGUCACUUCUCGUCACGGACCCCUUAAACUUCACAUCUCUAAACUGGAAAACGCCUAUCUCGUCCAUCAUCCCCGAUGACUUUGUUCUCGAGGACUCGUGGGCAACGGACCAUAUCACUAUCGAGGAUAUCUUGUCCCAUCGGACGGGUAUGCCGAGACAUGAUAUGAAUUAUGGGGGGACGUAUGAGGGGAGGAAUUCUACGCCGAGAGACGUGGUGAGAGCGUUAAGGUAUUUGCCGUUGACGGAGGAGCCUAGGGUUAGAUUCCAGUACUGUAAUAUGAUGUAUGUCGUUGCUGGACAUGUGAUCUCGACUUUAACUGGAAAGUCCUUGGAAGCAUUCUUGAAGGAGAGGAUUUGGAGACCUCUGGGAAUGAAAUCUACCUCAUUCUCCAAUGAAGACGCCAUCUCCGGCCCUGACCACUUCGCCCAAGGCUAUGUCUACUACGAAGACAAGUAUCUCCCCGUUCCCUACGAAGAGGACCUUGUCACCAACGCUGCUGCCGGGUCCAUCAUAUCCAACGUCCUCGACUACUCCAAAUGGCUUCAUGCACUCAUCCACAGAUCAUCACCUAUCUCAAAAGACGGCUACCAAGCUCUCUUCACACCACGCAUGCUUCACGAUGCAGACGAUGUACCAUCUACCGGUCCAAUGUCCUAUGCUCUUGGUUGGGAGACUUCGACUUACAAGGGCUACCAAUUCUACGAGCACAGUGGUGGUGUUGAAGCAUUCGGUUCGCACGUCAUUUUCUUCCCAGAGUUGAAGUAUGGAAUUUGUGCCUUUGGAAAUACCGGUGUAUCUUCAAACAUUGUGGAAUUGAAAGCUAUUUGGCAUCUGAUUGACGAGAAACUGGGCAUUCCCGAAAAGGAGAGGUUUGAUUGGGAUGCGAAAUUCAACAAAGCCCUCAAGCAAAGGACAGACGAGUACGACAACGCCACCAACAUAUUCUACCCACACAUCCCCUCUCCACCACUUCCAGCCACCCUUCCCCUCAGCAACUACACGGGCACCUAUUUCCACCCCGCUUACCGCAACCUCACUCUCUACAUGAAAGACGAUGUGUUGCAUAUCGCUAGGCUGGAUGCGUCCUGGCAAAUCACUAUAGAUUUCAAGCACGUGUCUGGCGAUUAUUUCAUGGCCUAUGCGGAUUCAGUAAAUGCGCCGGGAUUCAUCUUCAAGGGAGCUCUGCCUGCGGAAUUCAAGGUUGGGAGUGAUGGUGUGUCGAAGAGUUUGGGGAUCGCGUUCGAAGGGGAGAUGGGGGAGGAUGGGAGGAUCUGGUUUGAGAGGAUUUGAGGCGUGGAAGAUUUUGGACGGUGAAAUAGAAAAAACCAUACUGUUAUGGAUGUAUAUGUGAUCUUGUGUGAGUUGGAGCAUUAAAAGCCUAACGACCAUGCACAGGAUAGGACACAUGAGUUAAAAGAAUGUUCUAUUACUCAAAUGUAUUUCCAGCAAAGAUACAGGAUUUGAGUGUUUAUUCCUCAAAUUUGGCUUAGAGCUCUACAAUUCAUGUUUGAUUUACCUGAUAUGAACUUCUAGAUGUACUGAGAAGUUAGUUCGGGGCCUACCUCAUAGAAGCACUAAAUCAAGUACGCGCGAGACCGA